GGGACGGGUCGGGGCCGGUGCCGGCGCUGCCGCCCGGGCCGUGCCAGGAUGCGGCUACGCUCGGGGGUGUUCGCCUCCUCCUGCCUCCUCGUGCAGGCCCUCGGCGUCGCGCUGUUCCUCCGCGGCUUCUUCCCGGUGCCCGUCAGGUCUCUGCCCCGCAGAGAGGCCCGUGCGGACCCUCCCGCCGAGCCGGCCCCGCCCGGCCCAGGAACGGUUUCUAACUGGACCAAGAUUCCUGCACCGCUUUUCAGUAAAGUUGUCAUUGUGCUGAUAGAUGCUUUGAGAGAUGACUUUGUGUUUGGAUCCAAAGGCAAACAGUUCAUGCCAUAUACUACGCAAGUUGUUGAAAAAGGGACUUCCUACAGCUUCAUUGCUGAAGCAAAGCCUCCUACUGUGACCAUGCCUCGAAUUAAGGCCUUGAUGACAGGUAGCAUACCUGGUUUCAUUGAUGUCGUUGUGAACCUCAAUUCCCCAGCUCUGUUGGAUGACAAUCUGAUAUGGCAGGCAAAAGCAGCUGGGAAAAGAAUAAUCUUUUAUGGUGACGACACAUGGGUUAAAUUGUUCCCAAAGCACUUUGUGGAAUAUGAUGGAACUACGUCGUUUUUUGUGUCAGACUUUACAGAGGUUGAUGAUAAUGUUACCAGGCAUUUGGAUAGAGUAUUAAAGAGAGAAGACUGGGAUAUCCUAAUACUACAUUACCUGGGGUUGGACCAUAUUGGACAUAUUAGUGGGCCAAACAGCCCAUUAGUGGGACCAAAACUUCGUGAAAUGGAUAACAUACUGAAGAAGAUUCAUAUUUCUCUUCUUUCAAAGGAUGAAGCUUCUUUGCCCAACUUACUGGUUGUUUGUGGGGAUCAUGGGAUGUCUGAAACAGGUAGUCAUGGUGGUUCUUCAGAAGGAGAAGUGCACACACCUCUGCUGUUUAUCAGCUCUGCUUUUGAAAAGAGAAGUGGUCCUCUAACCCAACCUGAACGUGUGCAACAAACAGAUUUAGCCAGCACACUGGCAGUAGGUCUUGGUCUACCAAUUUCAAGAAACAGUGUUGGGAACCUUAUUCUGCCAGUUGUCGGAGGCAAGACAAUGAGAGAACAACUACGUUUUGUGCACUUGAACGGGUUCCAGCUUAGCAGGUUGCUGCAGGAGAACACGCCUGCCUAUGAAAAAGAUCCUGGAUAUGAACAUUUUAAGAUAGCAGAAAAAUCCCAUGGUAAUUGGAUCAAACUGUAUUUAGAGGGGAAUAAUUCAGAAAUACUCUUAAAUCUUGGCAAAAAGGUCCUGAAGCAAUACUUGGAGGCCCUCAAGACUCUGAGUUCUUCACUAAGCAAACAAGUGGCACAAUAUGACAUGUAUUCGAUGAUGGUGGGGACUGUGAUCAUUAUGGAGGUUCUGCUGCUGCUUUUGCUCAGUGUUCCAAAAGCCCUGAGCAAGCGGGCAGAAUUUGAAGUGCCGCUCUCCCCUCCACUAUUCUCUCUGCUGUUUUAUUUGAUGUGUCUGAUGCUGUGUGCAGUUCAUGUCAUUGUAUGCACAUCGGCAGAAAGUUUGUGCUAUUUCUGCAGUAUGUCCUGGCUAACAGCAGUUGGAGUGAUGAUGCUGAUUUCUGCACUCAUGUGUGGUAUUUUAUCUGCUAUUGCAAAGAUCUAUGAGAAUUCCCGACUUCCGCUGAAGAAUCCAGUUGUGUCCAGUUCUAGUUGGUCAGAAAUAGAUGUGCUGAUUCUGGCUGGAACAAUUGGCCAUGUUUUGAGUUUGGGGGCAAGCAGUUUCAUAGAAGAGGAGCAUCAAACUUGGUAUUUUCUUAUCAAUACGCUUUGUUUGGUGCUGUGUCAGGAGCUUUGUAGAAAUAAUUUUCUUCUAAAAGAAUGUGACCUUCAACAUAGCACCAAUGUGAAGCAAAAUUUUGAUAGUCUCGGGGAAACCUCUGAGUGCAAGAAUAUAGACAUUCCAGCAGCAGGUAGUUCAAAAUUGGACAAGGCCGCGUCUUCCUCUGAAUUCAUGGAAGGAUCAUAUAAAUGGAUAAGCGUAGCAACUCCAUGGGUCAUCCUUAUUUGCUGUCGGCUGCUUCGAUCCUUGAAUCAGACAGGUGUCCAGUGGGCUCAUCGGCCAGACUUUGGACACUGGUUGACAAGCUCUGAACAUAAACCUGAACUCUCCUUCUUGGCUGCAGUCUCCCUACUUAUGAUCUUCUUUCUGGUUCAAAGAAGAUGCUCCCUGGUUUCAAAAAUUGCUAUGGCACUCGGGCUCCUGGGAGUCUACAGUUACCGGGCAGCUGUUGGAAAUGUCAUAUUUCCAUGGCAACAUGGUGGCAAAGAUAUUUCAAAGGGGAUCACUGAAGCUCGUUUUGUUUAUGUCUUUGUUCUUGGCAUAGUCUUCACUGGCACUAAAGAUUUACUAAAGUCACAGGUUAUUUCUGCAGACUCCAGCACGAAGAGCACAGGAUUAUGGGAAGUAUAUAGCGGAUUGGUUCUACUAGCAGCCCUUCUAUUUAGACCCCACAAUUUACCAGUCUUGGUGUUUUGCCUGCUGAUUCAGACAAUGAUGACAAAAUACAUUUGGAGACCUCUGAAGUUCGAUGCGGCACAGAUUACUAUCAUGCACUACUGGUUUGGCCAAGCUUUCUUCUAUUUUCAGGGAAAUUCAAAUGGCAUUGCUACUGUGGAUGUUUCAGCAGGCUUUGUGGGACUAGAGAGCUAUGUGGAGGUACCGGCUAUCUUCCUUACGGCGUUUGCAACAUAUGCGGGACCUUUUCUUUGGGCCAUUCAUCUGCUGUGCUACUUAAGUUCUGAAGUUAGCAGAACAACACAUGCUAAAGAUAACCUGAACAGAGACUUCUGGGAAUGCUUGGAGCCAUGAUAACAGGCAGGAACAGUCACUGCAUAUAUACCAGCGUGGGUCACCACAGAAGUAGUGAGGAAAAACAUAUCAAACAUAGCACUUGGGAUUUCAUGCAAAUCCUGUUUUUGAAGAAUGGCUGGAACUCAGCAAUAGCUGUCAUAGCUUACAUGGAGAAAGCUGGUUUCCUGAAUCAGAGCUACCUACUGAAAAAGAGUAGCUUCUUGUGAAGAAACCUAGAGAUUGCGUGGCCAUGUUGCCUAGAGUGCAGUUCAGUUAUUUCUUUGUCUGCAGUCCUGAAAAAGACUCAGAUGUUUGAGCUUGUGAACUGUUUCCUCAUUUCUUUACAGGAAGGUGAAGACCAACCAAGUGAAGCUGCAAAGCAGAGAGUUUCCAGUACUUUUAAAGUUGAUUGCCACAGGAUCAGUAUUUGGAGAAAUGAGCACGUUUCCAAGAAAUGUGCUUUUAGAAGCCUUUACUAAAUGUACAGUUGAUUUCUUACCUGAGCAAUUAAAUGAUGAUAGUAGACAUUCAGAGUGGCUGUUCAGACCUUCUGGCCCAAUGCCAGCAUAAUUGGAUUUCUACUUACAGUCUAAUAUAAAUCUUUGAUAGGUGUGCAAUUUAGGAAGUUCAUUCAAAAUGGUUUUCAGGGGCCAGAGUUGAUCGUGUAAAUUUCCAAAGGACUCCUGGUUCCUUUGGAACUGUGUCUUUCCUGACAAUGCAGGAUUCUGUGCUGUAGUCUAAAAAAGCCUUGUAAGAAUCAAACUAGAUGAGAGUGGGACAUGUGGGAGAGACGUAGCAAAUUUGUUCUUGCUGCUAAACUGAUGGAUAUUUGCUUAGAUCAGAGAAAUUUCAUACAGAUUGCAGAUGCUCCAAGAUGCUGCAGACACUUGGAGUGCUACAAGGGUUUGUUUCUGACUGCAACCCCUUUAUUAGUAUGAACAGGACAAAUUAACAAAAUGCCAACUAUUUUGCAGCGAGCACUAAAAAGGGACAUUUUGCAAACUGAAACUGCAGAAUGUCUGGAAAGUGCCACUUAAUACAGGAAAAAAUGUUAAUACAGUAAAAAUUGCCUUAAAAUAGGCAAAUUCAGUAAUAAGAGAUUAUCUAGGCAGUAAAAUUCAGCUGAAACCCUCUAGAAACAACCCUCCUCCUCCAACUCUAGAAAAAUUGCAGUACUAGGGUAUUCCUUGCUCGUAUGCUUGCAUGUUUCUAAAAUGUUUGUUUGAUUUGGUGGGUUGGAACAAGGGUUGGAACACUGUAAAGCAGUGUAUUUUAAAAUUCCUUGUGGAUGCAUUUUUUUGGGCUGUCUGUGGAGCUUUUUGCUUGAUUUUUAAACUACAAAAUUUGUUGCCACCAUCUGCCAUGUAUUCUAUAUAACUGAGAGAUAUGUUUUCACAAGAAAAGUUAUUUUUCUUUCUUUUUUUUUUUUUGGCACCAUAAUUUUUUCAUUUUGCAAACCUUGUAUUUAUCCAUUUUAAUAGCACCUUAGAGACAGAUUGAGAGGUGAAAGAUUUGUUGACAAAACAUUGGCAAUCAGGAUUUCGGAUAUCCAGAGAAGCAGAAAACCUAUUAAUAGCACAAUUUCUUGGCCACGUUUUUUCUGUGUAUUUAAGAUUCAAUUAAAAGAGAUGAUUUUUGUUGAAAGACAAUAUGUGCUCUAGAGCAUACUUGGUGCUUUCAGUCUAAAUAUGGCACGUCUAGUGAUGUGAAUCUGUAGUGUUCUUUGCUUUAAAAGUCUCUCCAAAGUAAUUGGUUUUUUUUUCUGGAUCUUGCAUGAAGUUUGGAUAUGCUUUGUCAUCUUUAACACUUGGAUUUCUUAUUCAAGUCCUCAUAAGAGAACUUGCUAAAGGAACUCAGUAUUAGGAUGACUAUUCCUCUUUUUUACUGCUUUUCUGUGCAGAGGCCUUAGCAUUGGGCUGGUUUUGUCAGAACAUGGAUGUAAUGUGUACAGUUUACAUUCCUCUUCUCCUUUAAAUAAAGAAAGGCUUUAGUUGCUGAAGAGGCAGUUUGGUGUGGAGUGUUUACAGAUUGAUGCCUUAGAUCUGUCCUGUGGUCUUCCAUUAUUUUUAUUGAAACAGCACUGAGGUGUUGCAAGGUUAUUUAUUACUGGCUGAUCCAGAUUGUAAACAGUAGGAUACACGAGUGGCAUGCCGCAGACAGCUUUCUGUGUUCCUCUGGUGACCCCAUUCAGAAUAACUCGGGAACCAGCUGAACUAGCUGUAUUGUCAUGGUGAUAUUAUCAAAAGCAGGCUGCACCCUGGCUGCUGCCUUCCCUGUGGCCUGGUUCCCUGUGGUCACUGUGUGUCUAGAAUGAGCAGAAGGAGUGCACAAAGUCAUUACUCUUAGCUGUUCAGCAAAUUUUGUCCCUGGCUGAAGCAAGAAGAAAGGAUAGUGAUGUGCUUGAAGAAGUAAGUUGUUGCUGUAGCAUCAGAACAGCCAAGUAGGUUCUAGCUGGCUUGUGCUCACUCACUCCAGUGCUGUUUCAACAACAACACGUGUGAAACCUUUCACCAAAAAUCAUCCUAAUUUCACCAAAAUAAACCUAAUUAUUCUGCUAUUGAAAACCCCAUUGACAGUUAAACUUUGUGGGCACAGUGUGCUUUUGUUGCCUUCUCUAAAUUGCCCCACUGCAUUAUACAGUGAAACUGACCAAGAUUUCCCUCUGCUGGUAGCUGUCUAUGUUUUUCUGAGAGGUGAAAUGAGUGCUGAGACCCUUUGGAAGUAAAGCCAUUAUAUAAGCAAAACACAGUCCAUCAUUUUGAUUAUAUCAGAAAACAGGAAGAAUUGUAUCACUGAAUUGGGGAUACUUUGCCAGUAAUCAGAAUAUGAAAAUGCAAAAUUUAAGUGUUACUAGUAAAGAUCCCUGUGUGCUCUCAUUUCAGUAUAAAAUGAAAUAUCUAAAAUAUUAUGUUUUCCUAAUUUUUGAGCCAAAGAAAUGAACACAUAGAGAUUCAAUUCAAAAUAAGCUUCCAGACGGUUUCUUCACAGUUAAAAAAUAGCCAUUUAAAAAAUUUUAAACACCACUGAUUUAUGAUUAGGAGCUUUUUCACUAUAAAGUACUAAAUGUGUUGCUAGGUGAGCACAAACUAGGGAAAAAUAUAUGAACUGAAAUUUAAUUUUGAAAUACAAGGCUCUCGAAAGACCUGGAUGUGUAAGUCUGUAGGCACUCACUUUUAGUAUUCCCUCUAAAACAUUGAGCUCAGUAAAUGUGAUAGCCACAACCACUGAUAGCCUUCAUCUAGAAGGUCUGAAGUGCAUUUUUUGACUCUAGAAAGUGGUUUAAAAAUUAGCUGUUUUCCUGUGUGACUCAAAAGCCAUUUCCUAUGUCUGUUCCGCUGUGGCGUCCAACAACUGCUUUUUUUACUACAAAUACUGUUUUCACUCAGCAUGAAAAUAGCUAAGACUGAGUGAACUGCAGGUUGUUAAGUCAUUGUCAACAGAAUUAGUUAUUAAACGUAAAGCUGAUUAUUUACACAAGCUCACUAAAGACUAAGAUAGUUAUGCAGAAGCAGGGAGGAGCCUAGUUCACUCCCAAGUCGUAGUUUCCUUGGCUAAACAGCAAGGGAAAUAGUUUUCUGUGAACUGAAUGUAUGUUUUGGAGUCAUUCAUGCCUGCUGUUCUUAGUUGGUUUUUCAACUCUGCUUUCAACACGACCUGUUCUUCCUUGCACUGAAAGCCUUGGGAAUUUAAAUCUUGGCUUCGCUGGAAAGCAGGGCUGUAUCCUACUUAUUUUUAUUUAAAGAAUAAGAAAUUUAAUGGUUUAUGUAAAAUACUGCAUUCUGUAGCUUACUUAGUCAUAAGUGACUAAUUUACAUCUCACAGAAGUGCUAGUCGUGUUAAAUUUUCAUUACUUGGAACAAGAUCAGAAUUAAAAACUGGGAGGAGCAGAACAGAUUCUCAGAUCAGGACCUCAGUGUAAUACAUUUCUGCAUUUUGCCAGCGAGUUCUUUUGGGAACUGAUGAUGUAAAAUAUUUUGAUGGGGAGAGGAAAAUGUUCUUAUUAUUCCAGCAAAAUAGCUUUAUUCCUUCCCUUUGUCUGAACAGGUAACCAUCUGAAUUUGGCCUGAAUUAGCCUCUGCAGAUGUGGUCUGGGGAAAUUGGACAGGGGCCAACCCAGCAUCGUCGCUGUGAGUUGGCACCUCAGGAGAGGGAGAACAAUCAGAGUGCAUAAAACCCUUUCACUUCCAUUUUCACCUGACUCUUGUCACCCACCAGAACACAACAUCAGUGUGGCAGUUUUGGACCACGUGGGUCACAUGUGGGGCAGGUGUUUCUUGCGAUACAGCAGACCCAGCUGAGCUAAAGCGGCUGUGACAGGAACGCCGUGUAUUGCUCCUGCAAGCCUGAGAAUGUGGUAUUCUCUGGAGAACCUUCUGCCAGCUAGCUCUGCAAAGCUUUCCAGUAGCACAAUUUUUAUGUUGUUUUGUACAGUGUUGCUGGCUGUGGGCAGCAGUGUACUCUGGCAAGUUUUGUGCUCUUUACAAGGGGCACAGAGCCCAUCUGGUGACCCACUGAACAGGUUAGGAAGCUUUGUGAAGAGAACUGAAGUCUAUUCUCUUCCUCUUAGCAUUUGAAUUCUGUGGAAAGGCACUGGAAGGCCAACAGGAGACAAAGCUGUCUUGAAGCUGCCUAAUGUAGACUUCAACAAUUAGAACAAAGUAUAUUAAAGCCCAGAACCAUUUAAGUGUGACGUGAACUGCUGGGUACCUUUACUGCAAUGACGGUUGCUAUGCUCACACCUAACAUACUUACACAUUAUAGCAUAUAUAGCGGUGACAAGAACAAGCUUUAUUAGUUACAUAAUCGCAUCAAUCGCCAGCUUUCUAACACAAAGUAUUAGACCUGGGACUAUUCCUUGUGUUGAGAAAUACUGCCCAAGAGUGGAGGAGCUUUAUUAAUUUUACCUGAGGAUAAGAUAAACUGCUCUGUUUUCGUCCCCAGGAAUUCAGCAGCGGUGGGUCACGGCUGUUUCUGCUACGCCCUGAUGCGCUCGAUUCCAGUUGCCGCCUACGUUGUUCUGGUGACGGGUCUGCGGUACCACCUCUUCAUAUGGAGCGUCUUCUCUCCAAAGCUGCUGUACGAGG